CUUGGAGGAAAUGCCCAGCCUGUAGAAAAAGUGUGUUAAUCUCUCCUUUUUUUGCAGCCAUUCACUGGUGGAAGGGUCAGCUUCUCUCCCUGUGAGCUGAACAGGGAGGCAGUCAGUCAGUCAGGCAGAGGGGCAGGGUUCUCUGAGGCAGAACUCUAUCUGUGAUUAUAAAAACUGAAGCAACAAAAAGCAAGUCAAAGAAACAGCUCCGUCGUGGAAUCAGAAUUGGCUCUUCCUUCUAAUAGGCCUCUGUUGCCUCCAGACGUGCCCGUGGACCAGCCCGUGCACUGCCAGGCCAAGUCCCGGACCAGGGAUCCCUCACACCAGAGAAAAAAGGCUCCAAGUCUCUGUCCUCCAGCCCACUGAAGCCAAUAAAGACCAUCACUAGUCCCACCUUCAUCUGGAUCUCACCCUCCAAGAAUCCAGCAAGAAUGAUACGGGCAACUCUGCUGAUCAGCCUCAGCUACCUCAGCCUCUACACCCUCGGCAGUGGUGUCCGCUAUUAUGACCCCGGGCAGGGUAUUACCAUCCAGUACCUGAGCCUGGCUCCAGAUACAUUUGAUGAUGCCUAUGUGGGCUGCUCGGAGGAGAUGGAGGAGAAAGCAGUGCUUCUGUUAGAGAAGGAGAUGGCCAACCAUACUCGGUUGCGGGAGUCCUGGGAGACAGCCCAGAAGGCCUGGGAGCAAAAACGUCCAGGGCUCAUUCUGCCUCCUGGCUUCAGAAGCCAGCACGGAAUCGCCAUCAUGGUCUACACCAACUCAUCCAACACUUUGUACCGGGAGCUGAACCAGGCUGUGCGGACUGGUGGUGGCUCCUGGGAGUCCUACAUGAACCACUUCCCUUUCAAGGCGCUGCAUUUCUACCUGACCCGGGCCCUGCAGCUGCUGCGGGGCAGUGGGGGCUGCAGCAGGGAACCAGGGCAGGCAGUGUUCCGAGGCGUGCGCACCAUUCACUUUGAACCCAAGAAUGUGGGGGACUCUAUCCGCUUGGGCAAGUUUACCUCCAGCUCCCUGGAUGAGGCAGUGGCCCACAGAUUUGGUAAUGCCACCUUCUUCUCUCUAAGGACUUGCUCUGGGGCCCCAAUCCAGGCCCUGUCUGUCUUUCCUAAAGAGCGUGAGGUGCUGAUCCCCCCCCAUGAAGUCUUCGAGGUGACGAGUUUCUCUAAGGAAGGAAACAAAAGCCUGGUGACUCUCUCCAGCAGUGAUCAGAUGUGCAGCCACUUUAACUGCGCCUAUCUGGGUGAGAAGAAGAGGCUGAGCUGUGAGUCUGUGCCAAUAGGAGGGCAGGGAGACUCACUCUCCAAGGGGGCCUUCACUCUGCUCUCCUGGAAGACCCUGCUCUUGGCCUCUUGGGGGUUCCAGCUCUUAGGAGCUGGGCAGUGAACAUUCAAUGCCUGCCACUUAGGAAUCCUGGGAACAUGUGACCUCCAGAUGAAGAAGGGGGGCUUCAAAGAGCUUGGAGAAGCAACAAGAUGGUUUCAGACCCAGACCUAGCAGCCAUGUCUCCAACCAGGAUGUCCGGGGAUCUGAGGCCAUGGUAGGGUGGAGGGAGCCCUGCUAUAUGGUGGGGACUCCCGGGGACAAGCAAGGAUAAUGCUGUGAUGGCUACUCCAUUAAACAGUGCUGCAGUAUGGUGACA